UAUAUCUUCUCAGUUCUCGCCUCCCCUACCUCACUCUCCAUUCAACUCUCCUUCUUCUUAGAUUCGCCCUAAUAUUGGCUGUGAUAAAACCCUACCUACUUUCUCUAUCUCUCUCUGCAUCUAUCUCCCAUGGCUUCCUUUGCCUCUUUCUUGCUCCUAUCUCUCUUCUUCUUGAAUUUCGUUUCAAGUUUUGCGUCUUUUUCUGCUUCGUUCCCUCUCACUUCCGUUCCUAUAGCGCGCGGAUCUUCCGCGCGGAACGUUUUUCUGUCGUCGAUGAGAGCGAGGGGUAAAAUGGUCCGCCGCGGCUCGACGGCGGCGAAAGCGGCGAUGCCUUCUUUGGAUUAUAAGUCGAGUUUUAAGUAUUCGAUGGCGCUGGUUGUUACGCUCCCCAUCGGGACGCCGCCGCAGAAUCAACAGAUGGUGUUGGACACGGGGAGCCAGCUGUCGUGGAUUCAGUGCCACAAAAAAGUUCCCCGGAAACCGCCGCCCACGGCGGCGUUUGACCCGUCUCUGUCGUCGUCGUUCUCUGUUCUUCCUUGUAGCCACCCGAUGUGUAAGCCGAGAAUUCCCGAUUUUACCCUUCCCACUACUUGUGACCAGAACCGCCUCUGCCAUUACUCGUAUUUCUACGCGGAUGGGACUUUAGCGGAGGGUAAUUUGGUCAGGGAGAAAUUCUCGUUCUCCAAUUCCCAAACUACCCCUCCUCUGGUUCUCGGAUGCGCCGCGGAAUCCGCGGAGGCGCAGGGUAUUUUGGGUAUGAAUACUGGGAGGUUAUCCUUUGCCUCCCAGGCUAAGAUACAAAAAUUCUCUUACUGCGUCCCCGUCCGGCAAGGCGCCGGCGCCGGCGCCGGCCGGGGAAUAAUCCCCACCGGAGCUUUCUAUCUCGGCCGGAACCCCAAUUCCCCGGCCUUCCAAUACAUCAACCUCCUCACUUUCUCCCAAACCCAACGCCGCUCCCCCAACCUCGACCCCCUAGCCUACACCGUCGGAUUCACCGGAAUCAAAAUUGGCGGGAAAAAACUAAACAUCUCGGCCGCCGUUUUCCGGCCGGACGCCGGCGGCUCCGGCCAGACAAUCAUCGAUUCCGGCACGCAAUACACGUUUCUCGUGGACGAGGCGUACAACAAGGUCCGGGAAGAGGUCGUCCGCCUCGCCGGCCCCAAAUUGAAGAAAAACUACGUCUUCGCCGGAGCCCUGGACAUGUGCUUCGACGUCAGCCCGACGGAGAUCGGACGGCUGAUAGGCGACAUGACCUUCGAAUUCGAAAACAGGGUUGACCUCUUGGUCAACAGAGACAGGAUAUCCGACAACGUCGAAGGUGGGGUCCAUUGUCUGGGCAUCGGACGAUCCGAAUCGCUCGGAGUGGCCAGCAACAUCAUCGGAAACUUCCAUCAGCAAAAUCUCUGGGUGGAGUUUGACUUGAUCAGACGCAGAGUGGGCUUCGGAAAAGCCGAUUGUAGCAAGGCUGUGUAGAGUUAAAAUUAAGCUUUAUUUAUUUUUUAUUUUUAUUUCUUCUUUGAGAAAAAAUAGGAUGUUCUGUUGCGGUACAUAUGUUGUGAUUGUAUAAAUAUGUUGUACUCGUGAUAUAUGUAUAUGUAGAGGGUCUGGCAUUAUAAUGUGCCCUGCCAAAAUUUUUUUAUUCAUCAUUAAAUCUUAUACUA